GUAUGUAUCUUUGCAGCCUCGCGCCUCCUCUCUGUGUGCUCGUUCGGUUUUAGCCGGAUACCACAUUUCACUACGUUAGCACACAUAAGCUAACAUAAACAAGAUGUCGAGAGUGUACAUCGGAAGAUUGAGCUACAGGGCCAGAGAAAAGGACGUGGAGAGGUUCUUCAAAGGCUACGGGAAAAUACUCGAAGUCGACCUGAAAAACGGGUAUGGGUUUGUUGAAUUUGAUGACCCCCGUGAUGCAGAUGAUGCUGUUUAUGACUUGAACGGCAAGGAGUUGUGUGGGGAAAGGGUCAUUGUGGAGCACACCAAGGGACCCCGCCGUGAUGGAGUUUAUGGUGGUGGUGGUGGAAGUAGUGGUGGAGGCGGCGGCAGCGGAGGCGGCAGCGGAGGAGGAGGAGGAGGAAGUGGUGGUGGAGGAGGGGGAGGAGGAGGAGGAGGAGGAAGUGGAUAUGGGCGCUGGGGAAGAGACAGAUAUGGUCCACCUAUAAGGACAGAUUAUCGGCUCAUUGUUGAGAAUCUUUCCAGUCGCUGCAGCUGGCAGGAUUUGAAGGACUACAUGAGGCAGGCAGGGGAGGUGACUUACGCUGACACCCACAAGGGACGGAGGAAUGAGGGGGUGAUAGAGUUCAGGCUCUACUCUGACAUGAAGAGGGCUCUGGAGAAGCUUGAUGGCACAGAGGUGAACGGUAGAAAGAUCCGGCUGAUCGAGGACCGCCCUGGAGCCAGGCGCCGACGCUCUUAUUCUCGCAGUCGCAGCCAUUCCAGGUCCCGCUCCAGGAGCCGCAGGUCUCGCAAGAGCCGCAGCCGCAGUGAGAGCAGCAGCCGCAGCCGCUCCCACUCCAGAGCUGCGUCCCGCUCCCGUAGCCGAUCUCGUAGCAAGAAGAAUAAGGUCAAGGGAAAGAAAGAGGAAGAAGAGCGCAGCAACGGCGCUCCGAAGAACAAGGAACGCAGCAGGAGUCGUAGCAAGAGCAAAAAGAGCAAGAAAGACGGGAAGAAGAACAAGAAGGACGAUUCCAGGUCCAGAUCUCGCUCUCGCUCCAGGUCCCCCUCCAGGUCCCGUUCUCGAUCGGGAAUUAAGGAUCGCUCCAGGAAAUCUGGCUCAAAGGGCCGCGAGCAGCCCAAGAGCGACGACGAGGGGGGCCAGGCUGAGAGGGGCUCUCGCUCUCGUUCUCGCUCCCCUGCCGAAUCCAAAUCCAGAGCCAGGUCUAAAUCAAAGUCCAAGUCAAAGUCACGUUCCCCGUCACCUGCCAAAGCCCGCUCCCACUCCCGCUCCGCCUCCCGUUCAGAGUCCCGCUCCAAAUCCCGCUCCCAGUCUCGCUCUCGCUCCCGCUCUCGCUCUUAG